AGGGGCCGCUCGCCCCCCCCCCCCCAGACGCGCCCCGCGUGCACGCGCGCGCGGGCGGUUGGGCGCGCGGCGCGGGCGACGCGUGGGGAUCAUGGCCUUCAUCCGGCAGCUGAAGGCCCGGGAGAUCCUGGACUCCCGGGGCAACCCGACCAUCGAGGUUGACCUGGCGACGGACAAGGGCCUCUUCCGAGCUGCUGUGCCGUCGGGGGCCUCCACCGGCGUCUACGAGGCGCUGGAGCUCCGGGACAAGGACGCGUCGCGGUACUUCGGGAAGGGCGUCCUGACCGCGGUGAAGAACGUCAACGAGGUCAUCGCCCCGAAACUGUUUGGCAAGAACGUCCUGGAGCAGGCCGAGCUUGACAAGAUGAUGUACGAGGAGCUAGAUGGCUCCCAGAACGAGUGGGGCUGGAGCAAGGAGAAGCUCGGAGCGAACGCCAUCCUGGCAGUCAGCAUGGCGGUCUGCCGGGCCGCCGCGGCCUGCAAGAACCAGACGCUGUACCAGAGGGUCGCGGAGCUGGCGGGCAAGAGCUCGGACAAGUACGUGCUGCCCGUGCCGGCCUUCAACGUGAUCAACGGCGGCAGCCACGCCGGCAACGGCCUGCCCGUCCAGGAGUUCAUGGUCCUGCCAGUGGGGGCCUCCUCCUUCCGGGAGGCGCUGCAGAUCGGCGCGGAGGUGUACCACACCCUGAAGAAAGUUAUCCAGGCCAAGUACGGCCAGGACGCCACAAACGUGGGCGACGAGGGCGGCUUCGCGCCCAACGUGACGGAGAGCGACGAGGCGCUGCAGGCUGCCCUGCUGGGCCCCUGGGCGCGUCCCGGGGCCCCGCUCGGCGCUUCCAGCCCCUUCCUCUCCUCUCCAUCCUCCUCCUCCUCCUCCUCUUCCUCUCCUCCUCCUCCUCCUCCUCCUCCUCCUCCUCCUCCCCUCCUCCUCCUUCUCCUCCUCCUCCUACUCCUCCUCCCCCUCCUCCUCCUAUUUCUCCUCCUCCCCCUCCUCGUCCUCCUCCUCCUCCUCCUCCUCCCCUCCUCCUCCUCCUCCCCUCCUCCUCCCCCUCCUCCUGUUCCUCCCCCUCCUCCCCCCCCUCCUCCUGUUCCUUUCCUCCUCCCCCUCCUCCUCCCCCUUCUCCUCCUCCUCCUUCUUCUCCAUCCUUUUCCCAUAUGA